CGGGCGCGGGCCAGCGGCGCCCGGAACGCGCGCCUCCGGGGCCGAGGACGCAACUGGCCGAGCUGGUGGAGAGCAGGAAAAACGUGGGGGAGGUGCUGGCGAGAGAAAGAGAACUUGCGUGAGGAGGAGAAACCAAAUUUAAUAUUUGGCGUGGAAAUGGGAUUUUUUUUUUUUUUUUUUUGCAUCCUCCAAGCAAGUAAAGUGAAAUCAGUCAACAUUAUCUCCCCUCCCCUCGACAAGUGAGGAUUACUUUCUCCUUGGUGAAAGGAACAGAAUUGAAUCAGGGAGGACAGCAAGAAUGAGGGACAGGAAACAGGGAUUAUGAACACCAGAACGUAGGAGAAGCUGUGACUGGAUGGUGUGAACUCACCGUGACAGCAGACUGAAUCUGAGCAGUACCAGAGACCGGGCGUUUCAGGGACUCCGCUCCCGCCACGCAUUCAGCAACCUGCCAUGACUGGACGGGACCUCCUCGCCAAGGAGGAAGAAUAUAAACGUUUAAAUGCGGAAUUAGAGGCAAAAACAGCUGAUCUGGUUCGACAAGCUGAGGAAGUAAUAAGAGAUCAGCAAGAAGUACGAUCUAAGUCUGUUUCAGCACAAAUUAAAUCAUAUGAAGACAAAGAUGAUUACAGCUUUAGCCGUCCAUUGUCUGAGGGGACAGUUCAUUUACAUUCAGAAACUAAGCCAAAGACCAAAAAUGUUGAUCCCAUAAACAAAGUUCAGAACAAACUAUACUCUGCAAGUAAAGGAAGGAAAUCCAAUUCAAGUGUAAAAUUGAAAUACUGUCAUGUGCAGACUGCCGAUGAUGUUGCCAUUCCAGAGGAUUUCUCAGACUUUUCUCUUGCAAAAACAAUUAGCAAGAUUGAAGGGCAACUAGAGGAAGAAGGCUUACCUGAUUAUAUAAAUGAUGAUAUUUUUUCUGGUGUUAGUGAAGAUAUUGGAACAGAAGCACAGAUUAGAUUUCUGAAGGCCAAACUCCAUGUUAUGCAGGAAGAAUUGGAUAAUGUUGUCUGUGAAUGCAAUAAAAAGGAGGAUGAAAUUCAGGAUUUAAAGUCUCAACUGAAAAAAUUUGAAGAAGAUUGUGUGAGACAGCAGCGGACAAUUAAUUUGCAACAAUCUCAAACAGAAAAGUUUAAAACUCUUUUUGAAGAAGCAAACAAAAAAUGUGAUGGAUUACAGCAACAGUUGUCUUCAGUAGAAAGGGAAUUAGAGAAUAAAAGAAGACUGCAAAAACAGGCUGUUGCUAGUCAAAGUGCCAUGGAAGUUCGCUUAAAUAGAGCUCUAGAAGAAGCAGAAAAGUAUAAACUAGAGUUAAGUAAACUAAGGCAAAAUAACAAGGAUAUAGCAAAUGAAGAACACAGAAAAAUCGAAGCAUUAAAAUCAGAAAACAAGAAGCUAGAAAAACAAAAAGGAGAAUUAAUGAUAGGAUUUAAGAAACAGUUAAAAUUAAUUGAUGUUUUAAAAAGGCAGAAGAUGCAUAUUGAAGCUGCCAAGAUGCUGUCUUUCACUGAAGAGGAAUUUAUGAAGGCACUUGAAUGGGGAAAUUAAUAAGUGAUCUACUUUUAAACCUCUAGUGUGUGGUGGAUAUACUCUUAAAGUAAAAAUAGUUC